AUCAUGUUUGAGAAAUUCAGUGUUCCAUCCAUGUAUGUUGCAAUACAGUCUGUUCUCUCUCAGUUUGCUUAUGGUCACCUAACUGGCAUUGUGCUUAAUUCUGGUGAUAAUGCGACCCACACGGUUCCCAUCUAUGAGGGACAUGCACUUCCUCAAGCUAUCUCGUGGUUAGGUCUUGGUGGUCGUGAUAUUACAGAUUACUUCACGAGGAUUCUCUCCGAGUGUGGUUAUGUAUUUCACGGUACGAUAAGAGAACAUGCUACUAGGCAUAUGAAGGAGACAAUUACUUAUGUUGCACUAGAUUUUGAAAAGGAGAUUGAAAAGGCAAAAGACAGAUCUUCAGUUGAGAAGGCCUUUGAGCUUCCUUCUGGAAAAGUCCUUAAUAUUGGUGCUGAGAGGUUCCAUUGUCCUGAAGUCCUAUUCCAGCCAUAA